CCCCCCGUUUGGAUUAUCGGAGCAGCCCGCCGCCAUGCCGAUACUCAAGCAGCUGGUGAGCAACUCCAACCAGUCGAAGCGGCGCUCCCGCGCCGACCUCACCUCCGAGAUGAUCAGCGCUCCCAUGGGGGACUUCCGCCACACCAUGCACGUGGGCCGGGGGGGCGACGCCUUCGGCGACACGUCGUUUCUCAGCACCCGGUCGGGGGAGCCGCCCAGGGAGCCGGAGGCCAAGCCCAAGCAGGCGUCCCCGGGCCCCAGGCCGGGGCUGCUGUCCCGCACCUUCCGCAGCAGCAAGCGCUCGCAGUCGGUCAACCGGGGGGACGGGCACGGGGGCGGCGCGGCGCCGUCCGGCGGCUCGUCCGCCUUCGUGAAGAACGCCAUAUCCCUGCCGUACCUGAACGAGGAGGACGGGCCCCGGGGCCCCCGGCUGCCCAAGAGCGUCUCGUCGAGCCCCAUGAAGAGGCCGUCGGAGGCCGAGGCCAAGCCGGCCAACGGCGCGGCGGCCAUGGCGACGCUGGACGCCGAGUUCGAGGAGCGCGGCUUCGGCGAACUCGGCGACUUGCCGCCGCCCGUGCCCAAGGGCGGCGGCGGCGGCAUGAAGCACGCGGAGUCCAUGAUGUCCUUCCACAUCGACCUGGGGCCCUCCAUGCUCGGGGACAUCCUGAGCGUGAUGGAGAAGAAGGGCUCCGAGGAGGACGACCUCGGCUACGAGGAGGGGAAGGGCAGCGAGGGCCGCGCGUCGCCCUCCCUCCUCCUCCUCCUCCCCCCCCACCACAUCGACGACGCGGAGCAGCGGGCUCCCCCCGCCAGGCCGCCUCGCAGCAUGCAGCAGCAGCAGCCUGCGGUGGAGCCCUACACCCCGGAGCUGCACGCCAGGAACAGCAGCAGCAACAACCUGGACAGCUACUCCGUGUCCAGCGCCGGCUCGGCCGCCGAGGAGAAGCCCCGGUACCGGCCCCACGACGCCGACACGGACAGCGCCAAGUACAGCUCGCCGCCCGGGGGCGACGACGACCGCGGCUUCACCUACAUGGACGAGGACGACGAGGACGACGAGAUUCGAGUGUAGCGGAGAUCCGGGCGCCGCGGACAGUGCACCCCCCACCCCCCCCCCCCCCCCGGAGGAUGCUUGUUGAGGGGACCAAGCCGGAGCGCCGCACACUUUGUUCCACAUCGUCAAUGAAACCGACUAAGCCUUAUUCGCUGUGCUGUAGCAAGCCCCCCCCUCCCCCCCCCACCUUUUUAGGGUCGAAGAGCUCUAGCCCCAUUUGUCAAUCACACGAAAUCCCGUUUGGAUUGUGGUGUGUGUGAGGUGAGGGAUACGCGUGGGCCUGGUCAUGCAGUCUUACUGCCAUCAAGGCCAGGUAGAUAUUCAUUUUGUCCCUGACAGACUUAAAGGGGUGAUUUUUUUUUUUUUUUACUUCAUUUUAUGAGCAUAGAGCAUCUGGAAGUCUAUCUAUAUAUAUAUAUAUAUAUAUUAGCCUGUUGUAUUUGAGUUUGGUAGUUUUAUCUUUUUGUCGCUGUCUUCAUUCAAUUUUAAAUUGGCAGAGAGCUGUGGUAGUUUUUCAUAUAUUUUCACUGCUAGAUCUUAAGAGUUUAGAUUUGGGAGAGAGGCGAAUGUUUAAAUUUCUUAACAGUACGAAGUUGGUGUUCGAUGGUCAGUCUGUAUUAGAGGACAACAACUUCUAGUCGGACCAAAAUCCUCCGCUGCUAGGGAAGCUUUUUAUUUUUUAUUUUUUUUGCAUAAACAAAGAGUGAACAGUGAGAAGAGAAGGCUUCGUGUACGUGUCCCGAGUCCAAUGAAACCACCGGACAGAUCACCACAUCUCAGGAGGAGGAGGAGGAGGAGGAGGGGGGGUGGUCGCCGUGGAUACGGUUGUAUUAAUUAUGGCUCUAUCCGGCGGCCCCCGACCAGUUGGAGCCGCUCCAGGAACAGCCCGGUGGGGGCCGGUCUCACGGUAGGCUCCGCCCAGGUCACCUUGCGCUCUAAAUAGGUGACACGGGCCGUAGAAUCGGGGGGGAGGCCGGACCCUCCUGCCUCGGCUUAUCCCGAUAUUUCGG